AUGGCGGAGAGAUCUGAUAAUCAUAACCAUCAGAAAUCUCGGCGGAGAAAGAGUUGGAGUGGAUUAUUGGACUCCGCCUUUACUGGUCCAGCCAGAGACCCUCACGGGCACGAUCGAUCUGUUUCCGAUGGCUUUUAUGCGACAACACACCGCUCGGGUUCGCGUCCGCUAAGGGCUCACCACAGGCAGCCAAAGAGCAGUGGACGGCCCUACAGCAGCGGCUCCCUGAUUGCCACGGAAUACCUCGCCUCCCCGUCCACAGAUGAGCUCUCGAAUACGCGGUCGAAAUCCUCUCAGAAAUCCAUGCGAAAAUCCGUGUUUGGGUCCUUGCGCUCGCUGGGCUCAAUUGAUGAUGACCAGCGCUCGACAAGAGCCCGUUCCAAAGCGUCCUCUGGUGAUGAGGAAGACGUUGCCGCAAGCCUGGCCACCCUGAAAUCCCUCUUAGGAAACCAAACCUUACAUCAUGGCGAAGUCCAAACAACAGGCGGCAUGUGGCGGAAGAAGAGCCAGUACCUGGUGCUGACGGAUACUCAUUUGGUGCGGUUCAAAAGCCAGUCAAAAGCGGCAGAGCUUUUCCCCUCCAUCCCGGCCUCAUGGGGUCGAAAUUCUCUGGUUUUGACUUCCACGAAUCGGCAAUCAAUGGUCUCUAUUGCCUCCUUUCAGGACCCGCAGUUGGCUACUUAUGCGGACCUUGCCGCGGGGAUACCAUUGAACUCUAUAGUGGCAGUCUACAAGCUCGAUGAUGGACGACCUUACUUUUCAAUUGAGGUCUGCCAUAUGGACGAGCGAUCCCCCAAACCCUUGUCUUUCCAGCUACAAUUUAACGACCCGGAGGAAUCUGGAUUAUGGCUAGCAGGUAUCCGUGCGGCAGCUGAGCAAGCCCGAGCUAUUGACCCGCCGAUGUUUGAUCAAAAGUCCGUAGAAUACGUUGCGAGGGCUCUCGAACUUGAACGAGACUAUGACCCGGAUUGUUUCCGAAUGUACAAGGUCGUGCAACGCGUGGCGACCAAGUCUGGUGGUAGAUCAUCGAAUGAUGACUUCGCGAAGCUGACUUCGAAUGUUUGUUAUCUGGCUAUCGGCGUCCAUAAAAUCCACUUAAUACCACUGCCGAAGUCGUCCAAUCGGGGUUCCGUCACAUCUAUAACUGAGUUGGAUAUGAACAUGUCAUUUGGGUUUAUGACGUUGACGUCCGUGUCGAUACAGGGAGGCGAUGACGCUUUCCAACUGGUAUUCCGUGCACCCCUCUGCCAUCCCUUCGGUUUGUACCUUUCAUCAUCAUUCUCAAGCGAAAUCGCUAUUCUAAUGCGGCAGAGGGUGGAAUGGCUUAGGCCGGAAUGGCUGCAACAACCAUUUGGCUUCAAUGUCCCUCAGCAUGUAGAAGAUCAAGUCGCUCCAUUAAUGUACGUGGAUCAAGAUCAUGGUGGAUUCGAUCGUACUCUUACAGCUUACUGCGCCGCCUACGAUGUCGACACCUCAAAUAUCCGUUAUACAAUUGAUUACGCCUGUGAUGACGCUCCAUGUUUUCGUUUACUGCACCCCGCGAGCGGUAAGGAUCGGCGCAGGUAUUCCGCCCUAGAACUUUUAGCUGUUAUGCGCUCGCUACGAUAUAAUGAAUCCUUCGUUACGAUCUCGUUUAUGGAUAUCAAUUUAGAUGUUCUUCAUAGUUUGCGCGACCCCUGUGGAAUUGAUAUCGAUGCUGCAACGACCCGUUCCAACCUCGCUAUUCGACUUCCUGGUCAAGAGAAUAUGUCGAUCCUGUCUCAGGAAAUUCGCGCCUUGUGUCUGAAGAAUAAACGCCUUCGGAAGCUGGAUUUCUCGUUCUGUCUGACCAGACAGCCGGCUACGAACAGAGGGGCGCUUGACCCGGGCUGCGGAAUUCCGGAAGCAAUAUUUCCCCUUUGCCGACGCCAGCUAACGAACGUGGAUUGGGUCGUAUUGAAUGGAAUCAAACUGGGCGACUCGGAUCUGGAUUAUUUGGUUGAUGCUGCAUCACAGAAAUCCUCUCACCUUCGAGCCCUUGAGGUCAGUCAUUGCGGUAUAUCAAUCCAUGACCUUGACCUGAUCCUUUCGACAAUAACCGCUCAGGAUAAUACUUUAGAAUCUGUUGAUAUCUCCGGUGUUCAGGGAAGACUAAGCCCUGAACUAUUUCAACAGCAAAUAGGCUAUUUUGCACAUAUCCGAAAGAUAAACCUUUCACACAUCUCAAGGACCACAGGACCGGAGCCGCUUAUUGCUCCAGAAACACUACUGAACUGGCGACUGGAGGAGUUGUCCCUGAGUCACACAGCGGUUAAUGAACAAACUGUGGACUCGGUCGCGGCAUACCUAGCAAGCCCUAGAUCCAGCACACUUCGAAAUCUGAGACUCGAUCAAUGUGGCCUGACCGGAAGAGAUGUCGCGGUAUUUCUCCAUUCUAUGACGAAUGAUUCGGGGAAGCCACGAAACAUCCAUCUCCACGUCAGUGAAAAUCGCCUUCAUGUCGAGUACUCUCUGCUAGUUGACGCGAUUGCGAAUGAUAAAACCCCAACUCAUCUGACGAUGAGAAUGAUGGAAUUUCAAAAAGAAGACCACUUCCGGCGAUUACUUGAUGCCGUGAGGAAAAAUACGACAUUAAAGUAUCUUGAUAUUUCGAAGGCGUCCUUGCCAUAUGACGCUGGCCCGGAAACGUGCAAGGCACUCCGACUCAUGUUUGAGGAAAAUAACUCGAUCGAGGAAUUAGAUAUCAGCGGUGAAUACGCGCACCUGGACGUUGCUCGGUUUGGUAUUGGUCUAAACCAGGCCUUGACUGGUCUGAAGAAAAAUACUUCGCUGAGGGUAUUGAAGAUUGAACAUCAAAGACUGGGGCUGCAAGGGGCCAAUACACUUGCGUCUGUGCUGGAAGAAAAUGGAACCCUUUUCGAAGUUUACUGCGACAAUAAUGAAAUCAAUCUCCAGUCCUUUACAGUACUAGUUAACGGCCUGCAAAAAAACAAGAAGCUUCUACAUCUUCCCUCAAUGGUAAGGGACAGAGAGCAGUGUCUGGAGCGAGUUCGCCGUGAAAUCGAAUCCGUGAGCCAGAAUUCCUCAAACACCGGAGGGUCCAAAACAACUACCAUACGCAAGACCCUCCAGGCGGCUGUUUCUGGUGGAGCUACAAGCUCGGGGAACAAGUUAGUUAAACCAGCACCGGCAUCGGUACAACAGGGGAAUCCUCAUACAACCACAUUCUCCUCGCCAUUAGCCUCUUCUGCCCCCAUACUAGCCAGUACAACCACCCACCCGCAUGCCCUACGGCACGAUGUGCAAGCGGUGCUUCAAUCGCUAGGCCAGAAAUGGGAUAUUGAAGUCCAACGCCUUCAACGGUAUCUGGUACGAAAUUACAAUCUGGCCCAUGGCCUCGUCGAUGAAUACGGUAAUGGCGCCGAUGACGAUGCGAGCGAUGGCCGGCCAACUACGGCUGCCAGUCUCGGUACAUUUCUCAACCAGCUCUCGUCUGAACAGACCAAUCCAAACCAACCCGACGGGACAUAUAAUGAAGAGCACUACAGCAGCCCUGAGAACAACGACCACAACGAAAACCUUACCAUCCAAAUCACCAAGACUAAAGCGAAAUCGUCCACAUCCGAUGCCUCUCGUACCCACUCUUCACGCCCGCCCUUACUCAAAUACCAUACCUCUAGUGGCCUACAAACGUCUUCCACAAAUCGCUCCGUCCCGACCCCUUCUCUCCCACACCUGGCUACCCCAGGAACUGCAAAUAAUAACAGCAUCCGCACGACUAAGAGUAAUAGUAAUCUAAGCGGUAGAGCAACCACAAGCACACCCACCAACACGGGUACCCGGCUAUCCGACACCACUUCCUCGUUUCGCGGGUUGCUCAUGGCGCGGUCCAUGGAGCGACGCGAGCAGAAGAAGGAUAGGGGCCCUCUAUUAACCCUCAGCCAGCCGCCCAGGCUUGAUUGGAGGCUACCUGAUUUGGAAGCAUGA